UUUCGUUAUCUUAGCAUGUUUGGCAUUGUUAUUUUAUUGCUGUAACCGCGCAUAGCGAAAAAACUUUAAACGCAUUAAAAAAAUGGGAAGAAGGAAGUCUAAAAGAAAACCGCCUCCAAAGAGAAAGAAUAUUGAACCCCUUGAUCAACAAUUUAAUUGUCCAUUUUGCAACCAUGAAAAAUCGUGUGAGGUUAAAAUGGAUAAAAGCAGAAAUACAGCGAAAAUAACUUGUAGGGUGUGCUUGGAGGAUUUUCAAACGGGAAUUAACUUCCUUUCAGAACCUAUUGAUGUUUACAAUGAUUGGGUAGAUGCCUGUGAAACAGCCAAUUAAAUGGAAUUAAUUUUAAGUUAGUUAGUAGGUAAAAUAAAUUGCUAGAGCCCUCUAACUUAUACAAUAAAAUAAGUUUAAUACAAGAUGUCCAAAAA